AUGAUGAUGAUAACUUUCCAUCUACGGCACACUGCAAACCUAGACCACAACUGUUUUGCUGUAAAACAGGGUGGCAUUCGGAGAAUAUCCUUUGGUCAGCAGUACACCCGCGAGCAGCAGGACCAGAUCCUGAGAGUACUGAACAACUCGUCCGAGAAGGAGCUGCGCAAGCUGUCCAUCAGCCCUCUGAACGUCAUGCGCAUUCUGAAUCACCGCGAGGAGAACAGCGGCUUCACCAGCAUGGACCACGUGGGUGCCAUCGACGGCCUGCAGACGCGCAGCUUGGCUCGCAUCUGCGAGGCCAUCCUGUACGGAAAGAAGCCACAGGAGAGGCGGCCGCCCGACCGGGGAAACAGCAUUAUCCCGGUCAUACCGCCGGAGAGGAUAGAGAGCAUCACCGACAUAUUGGCCAUAGACGUGAGUCCGCCCUUUAUGACGUGGGCCCACGUGACCCGGGACAACUUCGUACUUGCCCUCGACCGAGUGCAGUUCCUCGACGACAAGGCAAAGCCGCACCUGUACAACCACUACGAAGCAGUGCAACAAGUGCUGAAGCAGCUGCCAAAGGCCAGUCUCUACGUAGUCGAGCAGAAGUCGCAGCGGCACAAGGUCGAAGUCGCACAAAGCCAGAGCCAGCUCACCGUGCAGGCCAUGAUGGUGGCGCUGCUGAGCCACGGCAAGAAGCUACAGCCACAGGUGGUUUCAGUCAAGUCGUCUGCCAUCGCGAACCUCUUCAACCUCAACGUUGGCAGCGAGAGGGUGUCUGGACAGGGCACCCUCAAGAAACUGGUGGAUGACGGCACCAUCAGCUUCCAGGGAAACCUGAAGGGUGUCUAUUUGAAGGAGACGCCCGUCAACAAAGAGCACUAUUGCGGGGUUCUACUAUUGGCCAGGGCAUUCUACGUGCUCGCCAUGACGUGAAAGGAUAUCGACGGGGAGUGUCAAUAAUAUAUACGUGUGUGCAAGGUUGACCAUGUCCAUGGAAAACGCUUCACUGCUUGCUACUGUAGAACCUCGUUCACGUUUAGAAAAAAAAAGUGCAGGGAUAGCAUACUACACUCAAACCUUGAUAUAACGAAGUAUCAGUUAUAAGGAAGUAAAUGAAGAACAGUCUUGCUAUAGAUAGUGUUAGGAGUAUACCUCUAUAACGAAUUCGAAUAUACCAUUUCCCCGUAUUGAAACUUUGUUAUAACGAGGUUUGAGUGUAUCAAGAAAAAACGUACAAUCUAAAUUCAGCUAAACAAUGGCACUAGGAAAUCCUACAAAAUGAAAGCAAAUAAAUGAAAUUCUAUUGUAUUUAAGCCAGUUUACGUAGAUAAUUUCUUUUACAUCAUAGAAAAAAAUGUGUUAAUAGUACAAUGUCUAAUAAUGGUGACUAUAAAUCUGUUUUUUAGUUUUAUAUUAAACAUCAAUCGCUGUGAGAUUUUGAAUACUGAGAGGUCUCCCCUGAAAAUAGUCGAACUUGUACACAACUCUAGGAGCUAUACAAAUACAGCGGUCAUAGUGCUCUGUUAGCACAUGCAAAAACAUAUUGUUACAAUAAAAUGGUGUUUAAUCGAAUAG